AUGCAGGCCCCAGCACAGGUCCCGUUGCUCUACAGAGAUUUUGUCCUGAGGGAAGACGAAGCCAGCGACGAAGAAAGCAGCUCAUGGGAUGCAACGACCGGCAGAAGGUCUGGCAUGCCCCGCAUGAUGUACGGGACAGCAUGGAAAAAGGAACAGACAGCCGAUCUGGUGUACAAGGCCAUCAAGGCCGGCUUUCGAGCUCUCGACACCGCUGCCCAGCCAAAACACUACAACGAGGCAGGCGUUGGGGAAGGCGUCCGGAGGGCCAUUCGCGAGGGCAUCGUCAGGCGCCAGGAUCUGUGGAUUCAAUCCAAGUUCACGUCUGCGUCCGGCCAACGCGGCCAAGCGCCAUACGACCCGACCUCACCCCUUAAGACGCAAGUGGAAACGUCCAUACUCAGUUCACUGGAGUGCUUUCGUGUGGACGAGGACCAAGGACCCUAUCUCGAUAGCCUUGUUCUUCACGCGCCAUACAAGGAUGACGCCUCCAACGCACAAGUCUGGUCGUGCUUUGAGGAAUUCGUCCCCAACAGAAUCCGUUACCUCGGCAUUUCCAACCUCCUCAGUGAUUCAGGGGUUCUGGAGGCUCUGUUGCAGCAGUCACGUGUGAAGCCAGCCGUCAUCCAGAAUAGGUUUCAUGCCCCCACCAAGUACGAAGUAGAGCUCAGAGAGCGAUGGUGCACCGAUGCUCAAGGUGCCAUCAUCUUUCAGAGCUUUUGGACCCUGAGUGCCAACCAAGACAUGCUGGCGAGCACAGCCGUUGAGGAAGUGGCCCAGGAGGCUCAAGUGACCAAAACGGCAGCUUUGUACUGCCUAGUGAUAGGACUAGGGAAGGUAUGCGUUCUCAACGGGACGACCCGUGAGCGCCACAUGCGCGAAGACUUGGAAGGCUGGGAACAGGUGAGCAAAUGGGCUGACGGAGAAGGCAAGGCUGCCUGGGAGCGAAGCUUGACGACUUUCAAGAGCAUGAUUGGGCAGGCGGAUUGA